AUGCCAGUUUCCCUCCUCAACUCCUCGUGGUGUGUUCGAGGCCAGCAGCUGGCGGGGUGGGUAAAGCCGGCCAGCAUCAUUGGCUCCAACCUUGCUAAGCAAGCACAGCCUCAACCCUGUGUCGUCACCAAGCGAAACCUCAAAUCCGUUCGAGCACAAGGUCAGCAAAAGCUCUCGCAGCCUCCUUCCCCCCUUCAAAAUGCCUUCCAGGCGACAGGCGCCAAAGAAAGCAUCCUCAAGGUCGAGGGCACUGGAGAUGGCGAGCUUGCCGACCUUGUCGAGGAUUUCAACGAAGGCCGUAUACAAUUCGCAUUUCUCAAGGUAAAAGACCCCAACAGUGGGUUACCUAAGAAUGUCCUCAUCGCGUGGUGCGGCGGCGGUGUUCCCGAGCGCACCAAGGGUUACUUCACCAGUCACCUUGCUGCCGUUUCCAAGAUACUUCAUGGCUACCAUGUCCAGAUCACAGCGCGGUCAGAUAGCGAUAUCGUCCCCGAGAACAUUAUCCAAAGCGCCGGACGAAUCAACCCCCUGGUCGCUGCGCGCAACAGGAAAGACGACAACGUGGACGAGGACGGCUGGGGCGCCGAUGCUCCCAACUCACGCGAACUCGGCGAGAAGGUCGAGUCGGCGUAUAAGCCCACCAAGGUAAACAUGGCGGAGCUCACGCAACAACCCUCGGGAUCCUCGGGGUACGGUGCCCCAACAAACUCCAGCUCUCCCGACGUAGUCCGGGGCGCAUACCAACCCAUCGGCAAGGUUGAUAUUGCUGCCAUCCGCGCCGCCGCCAAAAAUCAAGACGACCUUCGACCUACCCCGGUAAAGGGCGCGUAUGAGCCAGUGGGCAAGGUUGAUAUCGCAGCCAUCCGCGCUCGCGCGCAAGGCGCCCCUGCAAAGGAGGAACCAGAGCAGCCGGUGGCCAAGAGCCUCUCCGAGCGUAGUGCGGCUUUUUCGCAGCCGCAGCAACCCGAGCGCCUCACCAGCUUGCCCAAGCCCAAGGUCAGCAACAAAUUUGGCUCCGCGGCAUCUUCCUUUACCGGAACCAAGCCCCCUGCCCCUGGCGGCUCGGGACUCUAUAAGGCUGCAGCCCCGGCCCCUCCGGUUAUCGGCGCUGCCAGUCGUACUUUUGCCGAUCAAGGUGGCAAGACCCCAGCGCAGAUCUGGGCCGAGAAGAAGGGCAAGGGGGUGGACUCGGUACUCCAAGCACCCCUCGGACGGGACGUCGCAGCGCAGAAGACCGGCGAAAGUGAGCAAAGCGGCGGACACCGCCAAGACGACGACGAGCCAACUUCGGGAGGCGGCAUUUCCGCUCUCAGGGACCGGUUCAAGGAUACUCAACCCAUUAGCGCCCAAGCACCCUCGGCGCAUAGGGCGGUUGCCGACGCUCCUCCCCGCCUCUCCCGAGCUCGACUCGACCCCUGGUGCCUUUGCCCUUCCUGGACUCCCAUCUCGCCCUCCCCGGCGGAUGAGGAAGAGUACGACGAGCCUGAGCCGGAGCGUUCGCCCUCUCCUCCACGCGUAGCCGUGCCCGUUCCCCGCAGCCCUUCGCCGCCCCCAGCUCGCGAACCCUCACCGCCACGAUCAUUGCCCACCCGACCCAGGGAAGAGGAGCCACCCAGGCAGCCGUCUCCCGUACGAGAAAGGGACAACUAUAGGGCACCCGCCAUUGCCGCCGGCGUUGCCGCCGGCGUGGGUGCAGGUGCUGCGGCUGCUGCCGUCGCCCACUCUUAUGAAAACGAGCAAGAGGAAGAGGUCGAGGAAGAGGAGGAGCGCAGCGGCUCCGGGCACAGGGCCAUCGUCGUUUAUGACUAUGAAAAGGCCGAGGAUAACGAGGUCGAUCUGCGUGAAGACGAGUACGUUGUCGACAUUGACAUGGUGGACGACGACUGGUGGCUCGGUACCAACAGCCAGGGCGACCGCGGUCUGUUCCCUAGCAAUUACGUCAAGCUGGUAGAGGGUGGUGAUGAGGAUGCCAUGGUCGCCCAAGAGAUUCCCGAGCCUGCGGCCCCCUCUGCUCCCUCGGCGGGUCCUACGGCUACUGCCUCAUUCGACUACGAAGCUGCAGAGGAUAAUGAAUUAUCCUUUGGUGAGGGCGACAUUAUCACUGAUCUAGAAUUCCCUGACGAGGACUGGUGGUUUGGCCAUUUCAACGGUGACUCUGGUUUGUUCCCAGCCAACUACGUCGAAUUGAACCACCUGGACCGAAGUAUUCGGAAGUCGUCCCGGGAGUUACUAGACCGUGUCGUCCUCUGCGAGACGCGGGAGGCUGACGGACGCAGGGCUCAGGCGAACUAG